AUGAUGUCAGCAAAGCUGCUGAGACUUCAGACCACUGAAGAAGGGCAGGCGGGAUUCGGGGCUGAACAGCUGAAGGUGGUGCUCAACUCCUUUUUCAAGCGUCUGAUGAGCACAAUCACGGACCACGAGGGAGACGUCCUCCGGCUUGCCGGCGACGCUCUUAUCGUAGCGUUCACAGAUGGCCACGGAAACAGAGGCACCGUCGACCCCUGCCUUCUCCGGCGGGCAGCCCUAGUGAGCGCGCUCUGCCUCAAGCGUCUCGACGGGACAAAAAUCCAGGGGCACGUGAUGCACUUGCACGUGGCUCUAGGGGUGGGCACUCUGCAGCUAUACACUGUUGGAAGCGCGGAGGGCGGGUGGCAGUACGUGGCCGCGGGAGAACCGUUUUCCGACUUGGCAACAGCCAUGGAGGAUGGCACCGCUGGCGAGCUGGUCGCAUCUUGUAACUACUGGACGCGCAUGUCCACCAUCUCUACAGAAAACUCAGGAUGCUUAUAUGAGGAACCAACGUCUCAUGCUGAAACCGAUUUCAAUGGAAAUGAAGAGGGAAGUGCUGGUCGAAAUGGUGUCACGGAUGAUGAGCUCGGUGUUACAGCUGGGACCAGGAAGUCAUCAACGCUGAGCGGGGUGGAAUGGGCCUCAAAUCAUCUCGAGAGUGGGAACGUGAAGGUCGAAGCCUCGGCGAGCGCGGCAGAGCUGAUAAGAAAGCAGGAGUUUUUGGAGAGGGUCAUCCGGCGCUUCAUUCCGCCGCCCAUCCUGUACGUGUGCGAAGCGGAGGAGAGUGGCUGGUUCGCAGAGAUAGGUCGCGUCGCUGUGAUAUUCGUUAACAUCGCGAUCGAGGGGCUGCCAGGCAUGGGCGUGAUGCAGUCAGUGUUUCUGGUCCUGCAACGAGCAAUGAAGUCCAACCAAGGCGUCAUCAAGGAGUUUUCCGUUGACGACAAAGGCACGGUUAUGGUGGGAGCUAUGGGGCUUCCCCCGAUCACCGGAUCGAACCCUUCCGCAAGGGCGUGCGUGACGGCCAUCAAGAUCAUGAAGGGGAUAGAGCGCGCUUGA